UUCAUCGCUGGAACACAUACUAACAACAAUAUGAAUAUUGUUGCUGAAGAUAUUCAUGUUAUUAGGCACAAGAAAGCACUUGAAUUCAUAGAAGAGGUGACAAAAAAUACAGACAAAAUUCAGAAACUAGUCCUCUCUGAGAUUUUGUCAAUCAGUUCACACGUCAAGUACUUACAGCGUCACGGUUUAAACGGUCGUACAGAUUGUGAAACCUACAGGAAUCUCAUUCCCAUUGCCACUUACGAUGAUCUUAAACCUUUUAUAGAACGCAUCGCCAAUGGUGAUACUUCACCAAUCCUGUGUGGCCGUCCCAUAACAGAUUUCGUCGUCAGCACUGGAACUUCAGGUGGCGAAAGGAAGAUAUUUCCAUGUAUAGAAGAAGAUACGGAACGCUUAUUGUUUGUUCACCGUCUUGUAAUGCCUGUGGUGAACAAGCACAUAACAGGUAUUGGUAAAGGAAAAGCUAUGUUUAUUAUGUUCACAAGAGAGAUUUCUUAUACUCCUGGAGGACUACCAGUCAGUUUUCCGUUGACGCGUGUUCUCCGAAGUUUGGAAUUUAAGAAUAGACCUUACGAUCCAUUCGACGAUUGUAGUAGUCCAGAAGAAACCAUUCUUUGCGAAGAUUUAGACCAAAGUAUGUAUUCUCAGUGUCUUUGUGGACUCUAUCAAAGCAAACUAGUUGUCCGUGUUGGAUCUGUUUUUGUAGGCUUGUUACUGAAGAUUGUACUUUUUAUUCAAAAACGCUGGUCUCUACUCUGUAAUGACAUCCGAACAGGAACUAUCAAUACCCAGAUUGUCACGGAUGUAUCAGUACAUGAAGCUGUCAAGAAAAUACUAGUAAAACCUGAUCCUGAACUUGCUGAUUUUAUCGAGAUUGAGUGUAAGAGUGAUGAGUCAUGGAAAGGUAUUAUAUCUAGGUUAUGGCCUAAUGCUAAGUACAUUGAUGCUGUCAUAACAGGGUCUAUGUCUCAGUAUAUACCGUCCGUCGACUUUUACAGUAAUGGACUCCCAUUAGUUUCUACUAGGUAUGCGUGUUCAGAAUCCUUCCUAGGUUUAAACCUUAACCCUCUUUGCAAACCAGAUGAAGUUGCAUACACCUUUAUCACUACCGUGGCUUAUUUUGAGUUCUUGCCAAUAUUUGACGAGAAUCAACAGAAGAACAACAAGCAAGAGCAACAUGAUGCGCAAGAGCUAGUUGAACUGGCCAACGUUAAGCUCGGACAUGAAUACGAAGUUUUUGUCACCACGUAUAAUGGACUUUAUCGGUAUGGAAUUGGAGAUGUGCUGAGAGUUGUUGGGUUCAAAAACACCGCUCCACAAUUCCAAUUCAUAUGCCGUAAGAAAAUACUUCUGAGCAUUGAUAUUGAGAAGACAAACGAACUGGAGCUUCACAAUGCAGUUCAAAAUGCAAUGAAACAUCUCAUAUCGAAGUUCAAUAUAUCCCUGGUUGAUUACACCAGUUAUGCCGAUACAACAAGUACUAGAAAUCAUGGGCACUACGUUAUCUACUGGGAGCUUCAAGACCACAACUCUAACGUUAAUAAUAAUGCAGUUACCAUUCCUAGAUUGGUGUUCGAAGAAUGUUGUUUCAAAAUUGAAGAGUCAUUAAGCUUUGUAUACAGAAUGAAUCGUACGAUAGACAAAUCAAUUGAUCCUCUGGAGAUAAAGAUAGUCGAGACAGGAACUUUUGACAAAUUGAUGGAUUAUGUUGUUAGCCAAGGUACGUCCGUCAGCAGUUACAAAACUCCACGGUGCAUGAAAAAUGUUGAGCUUCUAAACUUUUGUGUUGUUUCGAAUUACUUCAGUCAGGAAUUCCCACAUUAUGCUCCUGGCUUGUGA